CGGAUUGCGGUCCUUCCCUCAGCAGAUCUCGCUCAAUAAUGUCGAAACGAGCAGGCUCUCAAGCGCCUAAGAAUAGCCGGCGGGCAGGGCGCGAGGCCAAUCCAAAGCGCACCAAUGCUAGCUGCGACGCUUGUAAGAGCCGGAAGACAAAGUGCAUCAAUCCAGUUCCGGGUCCCUGUAGGUAUUGUGCCGGCAUCUCUGUCCCUUGUACCAUCAGCAUCCGGCGCAAACAGCGGCCUUUCUAUCUAGUCUCCGAAGAGGAGUACCGGUACGGGAUCGAAAUUUUGCAGAGAUUAUUUCCCAACGUAGAUCUGAAUAUCGACACUCUCCGGGGGUUAGCACAGAAUAUGGACACCGUUCAACCCGCCGGAGCUGUCAUCACCCAGUGUGCAGAGCUAGCAGCUGCCCACCCCCAACAUGAAUACACGAAUGUCCCUUCAACAGUUUCUCGCUCGGAUGGAGCUCCUGUGGAGGCUGACCCUCCACCGUCUUUGACUGCAGCUGCAGAGACGGCGUCAUCGCUGUCAGCUCCCUUAGACGACUCUGAAAAUAGCAAUGACAGCCUUCUUGCACAACUAUUCGUCCUGCAGAAAGCGUGCGUCGUGAAGGAUUCGUUAGGAGCAACAAGAUACAUCGGUCCAGGAUCGGACAUUCCCUUUAUCUCGGCCGUCCGAUCGUAUGCUAAAGGAGAAGGCUUACCAUCACCUCUCGGAAAUUUUCAACACGCGAUAAACUUGCCGCCUCCGUCACCAGAAAGCAGAAGCUCGAUAUCGGAUUUCCCUCGCCCUACGUAUCUCCCUCCGUUAGCCAGCUGGCGUCAGCAUAUCGAUCGGUACUUCAGAGUGGUCAACUCCACUUACUGGCUGAUAUCUGUGGAGAGCUUUUGCUCCCGUCUUGAUAGCACAUACGCCACUCAAAGCUAUCAGGACAUUUCCCCUUCCUGGCUGUGCUUUUUGUACGCCAUUCUAGCUAUCACGAACCAGAAUCCAGAGUCUAGUACGAUCCACGAUGGCGAGGAUUAUUCAAACGUGCCAGCUUCGGCUUUGCCGACUUCAGGCGAUCCGUACACGUCGAACAACUAUAUCUCCAUGUCCAAGUCAUUGGUUAAAGAGGUUAUGGACGAGGCCACCUUGGACAGUAUUCGAGCAUUGAGCGCCAUGAGCAUUUUCUUGCAUAAUCAAGGUUUCGCCGUCUCCUCAUACCUAAAUGUGGGCACCGCUGUCCGCAUCGCGUAUACUCUUGGCCUUCAUGAACCACAGUCUUACGCCGAGAUGACCACCAUCCAUAAGGAGACAGCGUUGCGAGUCGCUUGGACAUUGUACGAGCUGGAUGCUUGUAUGUCUAGACCGUCAGGACGUCCGUGCAAUAUCGAUCCAUGGAGCUGGCACCCUGUCAUGCCUUCCGAUAUGAUGGUGAGCACCGGAACCUACGAUCCUUGGGGCCUCUUCAACUACUCAGUAGCCUUCAAUCUCAAAGAUCAAGAAAUCUAUGCAAAACUCUCGAGAUUGCCCAACUCCGAUGACCAACGUACGGUGCUGAAGGAAAUAAACAGCAGUGUUACGGCGCUACAAACAUGGUACGACAGUUUACCUCCUCACCUUCAGACGAAUGCAACCAUGGCCCCGCCUCACAAACGGCCCGUCUAUAAUUUGCACUUACGGUAUUGGAAUAAGAUAAUUUCUAUCACUCGGCUGGCGGUCCUCGCGGAUAUGCAAAGCACGGCGUCAUCUGGAGCGGACCAGCACCGCAGUCUCAGCCGGAUAAGCCAGCUAUGCGUGGAUGCUUCUGAACACUCGCAGGAGAUCCUUCAGCUCAUGCACUCCUCGAAUGACCUGUCGAGUCUAACGGUGGUAGACACGAAAUAUAUCCUCGAUGUGGCCUUAGUGUACCUCCUACUCCUGACUCAGCGGCAAAGUCCAGAGUUUCAACAGCGCCUCGACCAGUGCAUCCGCUAUCUCAAAUCCAUGGAUAAUCUUGGGUUCUGUAGAUAUGCUGGGAACGACCUGCUGAAGAUUAUUGAGACGGUCCGGAUUCGUCUUAAUAGCGGCGGUGACCGGCGAGACGAGGUGGAUGUGCAGAUGGAUUCGGGUGAGGCAGACGUACCUCACAAUCUCACGGGAUUUGGCAUGGAGCACUUUUGGACCCAGGAGGCUUGGACGGCAGUCACCCUUGGCUGGAAUUCUAUAGCACUAAGCUCAAUUUCUGGGGAAGAGAACCCUCUAUGA